AUGCAAGUGCGCUUUGGUUCGCUGCUGACUCGAAAGAAGCUCCUGGAAAUAGAAGACACACACACACACGAUCGCGCCCCCAAAGGCACGUCCGUGGAAAUAAGGGGUGGCAGUGAAGAAUGCACCUCGUCGUCCAGGCCACUUGCGUUUGCCUGCAGUCGCCCUUUGGCCUGCUGCAAGUUGCAACUCGAUUCCCAACGUUGGGCACUGGCGCUGGAUCCCUUUGACUGCUUUUCUGAUUGUUCGAGUCACCGUACCCGGCUAAUGACACACACUUUCUCUCCUCUAUCUCGGCGGUCUAAGAUGAUUCUGAUCGAUGUCCUAAUUGAACCUUCCACAUUGGUCUUUCGCCGGGGUUGGAAUGGGAAUGAGCAGGCCCUCGCCCACCGAAAGGUGAAGAUCGAUAUUCACACCUUGACGCUGAAAUUAGCCACACCAGUAUCAAAAUCCGGUCACCGCUUCUGA